CUCUCACUCUCCUUCCUCCUCCGCCUCUUCAGCUCCUGGGCUAGAAUAUCUAUGGGUCGAAACGUGAUGCGAUGAAUCCGAGGGAGACCGAAACUGGGACGAGGAGUGUGGCGGAAGCAGCGAGACUUCCAGACAUGGGGGCUUCACCACAAUAGAAGCAGCGCCCCAACCCGCCCCCGUCAGCCCCUCUAGAGCAAAGCCCAAACCCCCUUGGGAAAAGGAUGGCGGCGGCACCUACCCAGAUAGAAGCCGAGCUGUAUUACCUGAUCGCUAGGUUCUUGCAGUCCGGACCCUGCAACAAAUCCGCUCAGGUGCUAGUGCAGGAGCUCGAGGAGCAUCAGCUGAUUCCGCGCCGCUUGGACUGGGAGGGGAAAGAGCACCGAAGAAGCUUCGAGGAUCUGGUAGCAGCCAAUGCACACAUUCCUCCAGACUACCUCCUUAAAAUUUGUGAGAGAAUUGGUCCUUUGCUAGAUAAGGAGAUUCCUCAGAGUGUUCCUGGGGUACAGACCUUACUAGGUGUUGGUCGGCAGUCUUUGUUACGAGAUGCCAAAGACUGUAAGAGUACACUAUGGAAUGGGUCUGCUUUUGCAGCAUUGCAUAGAGGCAGACCUCCAGAACUACCUGUAAAUUAUGUGAAACCUCCAAAUGUGGUGAAUAUUACUUCUGCCAGGCAAUUAACCGGAUGUAGUCGCUUCGGCCAUAUUUUUCCUUCAUCUGCUUACCAGCAUAUUAAGAUGCAUAAGAGAAUUCUGGGGCACUUGUCUUCUGUCUACUGUGUAGCAUUUGACCGAAGUGGGAGAAGAAUUUUUACAGGUUCAGAUGACUGUUUGGUGAAAAUUUGGGCCACAGAUGAUGGGCGCCUACUUGCUACACUUCGAGGGCACUCUGCUGAAAUCUCUGACAUGGCUGUUAACUAUGAAAAUACACUCAUUGCUGCAGGCAGCUGUGAUAAAGUUGUAAGAGUAUGGUGUCUUCGAACUUGUGCACCAGUUGCUGUCCUUCAGGGACAUUCAGCUUCUAUAACUUCCAUACAGUUUUGUCCAUCAACUAAAGGCACAACAAGAUACCUCACUUCUACUGGUGCUGAUGGAACAAUCUGUUUCUGGCAAUGGCAUGUAAAAACAAUGAAGUUUAGAGAUCGCCCAGUGAAAUUUACUGAGAGAUCCAGACCUGGUGUUCAGAUAUCUUGCUCAUCUUUUAGUUCUGGUGGCAUGUUCAUUACAACAGGUAGCACUGACCAUGUGAUUAGAAUUUAUUAUUUGGGUUCUGAAAUCCCAGAGAAAAUUGCUGAAUUAGAAUCACAUACGGACAAAGUUGUUGCUGUUCAGUUCUGUAACAAUGGAGACAGUUUAAGAUUUGUUAGUGGAAGUAGAGAUGGAACAGCAAGAAUCUGGCAAUAUGAGCAACAAGAAUGGAAGAGUAUAGUACUAGAUAUGGCUACUAAAAUGAGUAGGAAUAAUUUGCCAUCUGGUGAAGACAAAAUCACUAAAUUAAAGGUGACUAUGGUAGCCUGGGAUCGCUAUGACACUACAGUUAUUACUGCAGUGAACAAUUUUCUUUUGAAAGUUUGGAAUUCUAUCACAGGGCAGCUUCUUCAUUCUUUAUCCGGACAUGAUGAUGAAGUAUUUGUUUUGGAAGCCCAUCCAUUUGAUCAAAGAAUCUUACUUUCAGCGGGUCAUGAUGGGAACAUUUUUAUUUGGGACCUUGACCGUGGGACCAAAAUUCGGAACUAUUUUAAUAUGAUUGAAGGCCAAGGCCAUGGUGCAGUGUUUGACUGUAAAUUCUCACCCGAUGGGAACCAUUUUGCCUGCACAGAUUCUCAUGGACAUUUGCUAGUUUUUGGUUUUGGAUGCAGUAAAUACUAUGAAAAGAUUCCAGAUCAGAUGUUUUUCCAUACGGACUAUCGACCUCUUAUCCGCGAUGCCAAUAAUUAUGUAUUAGAUGAACAAACACAGCAAGCUCCUCAUCUCAUGCCCCCUCCAUUCUUGGUGGAUGUUGAUGGAAAUCCUCAUCCAACAAAAUUUCAGCGCCUAGUACCAGGACGGGAAAAUUGUAAAGAUGAACAACUUAUACCACAGCUGGGAUACGUGGCUAAUGGUGAUGGUGAGGUGGUAGAACAAGUAAUUGGACAGCAAACCAAUGACCAAGAUGAGAGCAUUCUUGAUGGGAUAAUUAGGGAGCUACAGAGAGAACAAGAUCUGAGACUAACCAACCAAGGAGAUCUUCCAAAUUUUCCAAUUAAUAGAUCAUACUCUGUUAACAGUGCUCUGAGAAGUCCAAAUAUGGAUAUAUCUUCCCCAAAUAUUGGGCUUCGACGUAGUGGUCAAAUUGAAGGGGUUCGGCAAAUGCACAACAAUGCUCCUCGUAGCCAGAUAGCCACUGAACGAGAUCUCAUGGCAUGGAGCAGAAGAGUAGUAGUCAAUGAAUUAAAUAAUGGAGUUAGUAGGUUACAGGAAGAAUGUCGAAUUGCAAAAGGUGACAUGGAAAUCAGUCUUUAUACAGUUGAAAAGAAGAAAAAGCCAUCAUAUACUAUCCAAAGGAAUGAUUAUCAGCCUAGCUGUGGUAGGUCUUUACGUAGAACACAACGCAAACGACAGCAUACUUAUCAAACUCGGUCUAACAUCGAUCAUAAUUCACAAGCAACCUGUCAAAAUUCUGGUGUACAAGAUGAUUUGGAAAGCUCCUCAGAGGAAGAUGAAACUGUUGGCACAAGUGAUGCUUCUGUAGAGGAUCCUGUUAUUGAAUGGCAAAGUGAAAGUUCUUCCAGUGAUUCAUCAAGUGACUAUUCUGAUUGGACAGCAGAUGCUGGAAUAAAUUUGCAACCUCCAAAAAGACAAACCAGACAGGCAACACGGAAAAUAUGCAGCAGCUCUGAGGAAGAGAACUUGAAGUCACCAGAAGAAAGGCAAAAAAAACCUAAGCAGACUAGAAAAAAGAAAGGAGGACUGGUUUCUAUGGCAGGUGAACCCAAUGAAGAAUGGUUUGCCCCUCAGUGGAUCUUGGAUACCAUACCACGUCGUUCUCCAUUUGUCCCCCAGAUGGGAGAUGAGCUUAUUUAUUUUAGGCAAGGACAUGAAGCUUAUGUGCGGGCUGUAAGAAAGUCUAAAAUAUACAGUGUUAAUUUACAAAAACAGCCAUGGAACAAAAUGGAUCUCAGGGAGCAAGAGUUUGUUAAAAUUGUGGGAAUUAAAUAUGAGGUUGGACCACCUACACUAUGUUGCUUGAAGCUUGCAUUUCUGGAUCCCAUUUCAGGCAAAAUGACUGGAGAGUCUUUUUCCAUUAAGUAUCAUGACAUGCCAGAUGUCAUUGAUUUCCUUGUGCUACAUCAGUUUUAUAAUGAAGCCAAAGAAAGAAACUGGCAGAUUGGUGAUAGAUUCCGCAGUAUAAUAGAUGACGCCUGGUGGUUUGGCACUGUGGAGAGUCAGCAGCCUUUUCAACCAGAAUAUCCUGAUAGUUCUUUCCAGUGUUACAGUGUUCACUGGGACAAUAAUGAGCGAGAAAAGAUGAGCCCCUGGGAUAUGGAGCCAAUUCCAGAAGGAACUGCCUUUCCAGAUGAAGUUGGUGCAGGCGUUCCUGUGUCUCAGGAGGAACUCACUGCUUUGCUAUACAAACCCCAGGAAGGAGAAUGGGGGGCUCAUUCCAGAGAUGAGGAAUGUGAACGAGUUAUUCAGGGCAUCAACUACCUUCUUUCCUUGGAUUUUGCCAGCCCUUUUGCUGUUCCGGUGGAUCUCAGCGCCUACCCCUUGUACUGUACUGUAGUUGCUUAUCCAACUGACCUCAAUACCAUCAGACGGAGACUUGAAAAUCGUUUUUACAGGAGAAUAUCAGCAUUAAUGUGGGAGGUACGCUACAUUGAACAUAAUGCUAGGACUUUCAAUGAGCCAGACAGUCCUAUAGUUAAAGCAGCCAAAAUUGUAACUGAUGUCCUACUUCGAUUUAUUGGGGAUCAAAGUUGUACCGAUAUAUUGGAUACUUACAAUAAAGUUAAAGCAGAAGAAUUAAACAGUACCGAUGCAGAAGAGGAUACAGAAAUUAUUGAUUUAGAUUCAGAUGGUCCUGGCACUUCAUCUGGAAGAAGGGUCAAAUGUCGAGGCAGAAGGCAAUCUUUAAGGUGUAAUCCUGAUGCUUGGAAAAACCAGUGCAAAGAACUAUUGAGCCUCAUUUAUGAACGGGAAGAUUCAGAGCCAUUUCGACAACCAGCAGAUCCCUUUUCUUAUCCAACCCAUCAAGAACAAGAGGGAGAAUCCACACAGUUCAUUGUUCCAGAAAGACAACAUGAUUCAUCUCUUUCUGAGGACCAUCAAGGUGUUACAGAAACUCGUAUGGACUUCAGCACUGUGAAAGAAAUUUUGGAAGCAGGGAACUAUGUUAGUCCUCUGGAAUUUUGUAAAGAUGUUCGCCAAAUAUUCAGCAACUCCAAAGCUUAUACCUCUAAUAAGAAAUCAAGGCUCUAUAGCAUGACACUGCGAUUAUCUGCCUUAUUUGAAAAUCACAUUAAAAAUAUCAUUUCUGAGUAUAAAUCAGCAAUCCAGAAUCAGAAGAGGAGAAGGCCACGGUACAGAAAACGUCUAAGAAGCAGCAGCAGUUCAUUAUCUAGUAGCAGAGCUCCUAGUCCAAAAGGAAAACAGAAACAAAUGAAGUUGCAACCUAAAAGUGACCAGAAUACCUCAGUGUCUUAUGCUAGAACUAGUUCUCCUUUCUCAUCUCCUGUUUCAGAUGCUGCUGAAGGAAUUUCACAGUAUCUCCUUGAUGAUGAAGCAGAUGGACCAUUUUCUUCAUCGAGCUUCAGUGGAUAUAGCCAAAGUGGAAAUGUUCAUGACCCAGGGAAAGCCAAAUCAUUUCGGAAUAGAGUUUUACCAGUUAAACAAGAUCACUCCCUUGAUGGACCUAUUACAAAUGGUGAUGGCAGAGAGCCCGGGUCUGGAAUCAAGAGAAAACUACUCAGUGCCUCAGACGAAGAUGAAAGCAUGGGAGGAAAAGAGAAAGAGAAAAAAGAAACGAAAGAGAAAUCACAUUUAUCUUCUUCAGAGAGUGGAGAGUUAGGAUCCAGUUUAAGUUCAGAAAGUGCUUGUGGUUCUGAUUCUGACUCUGAAUCAACUUCCAGGACAGAUCAAGAUUAUGUAGAUGGAGAUCAUGACUAUAGCAAAUUCAUACAAACAAGACCGAAAAGAAAACUCAGAAAACAACACGCCAGUGGAAAAAGAAACUGGAAGAUGAGAGGCACUGGAGGAAGAGGCAGAUGGGGAAGAUGGGGUAGAUGGAGUCGAGGAGGCAGAGGAAGAGGAGGCAGGGGACGCGGGGGUCGAGGAAGAGGUGGAGGUGGCGCUAGAGGAAGAGGAAGAGGGAGAGGAGGAAGAGGUGCCUCUAGAGGAACCACCCGAGCCAAACGAGCACGUAUUACAGAUGACGAAUUUGAUACCAUGUUUUCAGGACGUUUUAGUAGACUGCCUCGAAUUAAAACAAGAAAUCAAGGCAGGAGAACUGUUUUAUAUAAUGAUGAUUCUGAUAAUGACAAUUUUGUGUCCACUGAGGAUCCUCUGAAUCUUGGUACAUCCAGAUCAGGCAGAGUGCGUAAAAUGACAGAAAAAGCCAGGGUUAGCCAUCUCAUGGGAUGGAAUUAUUAAAAAUUAAUGAAUUUAGAAUAAUUUAAAAAUUCAAUGGCCUUCUACUGCAGGGAAUUUACCAGGAAAUCUACAAAGCAAGUUGUGUGGGGACUUCUGCUUCCUUUCACGUUGGUGCUUUUCCAUUAUGCCAGUAUAAUAUUUGUUUCAAGACUUUGAUCUCCACACUUCAUUUGUUUCAAACAAGCCUUACUCAUUAGGCCUUAAAUUGAAAGAAAUUCUGUCCAUACACUUGCGUGCAUGUAUGCGUGCGCGCGCACGCGCACACACACACACACACAACACAAGACGCACUACAGAUUUACUAUGUUAAAGGAGCAUUCUACUUCUUAAGAGUAGCAUGACAUUUUUAUCUCAAUGAAAUAUCCUUCUUUUGCUUUUGUAUCACAGAAGUAUAGCACCUUCUUACAGAGUUUUAUAUAGUUUGUUUUUGCCAUUUUGAUUCCUAUACCCAGUAAUAAUAACUUUUGCACAAUACACCAAUCCUAAAGGCAGCUAUUAAAUGUUUACAGUUUCUAUAUUAUGAGAACGAUCUGGAUUAUUUUACUCUUCCCAGGCCAAACUUUCGUGAAUUGUACUGAACUGAAGUAUAUAUUUAUACUACAGUUUUUUUUGGGGGGUGGGGGGAUCUUGAUAUGCUUUUCAUUGAUUUGCUUAAUUCACGUUAAAGGUGAGAAAGGGUUGGUGCCUUGUAAAUAUGUAGCAAAUCUUUGUAGUGUGUCCUGAAGUGUGCAUUAACUUUAUUAAAAGGGAAUACUUGAGAUACCAAUCUAGACAAGGUGCCAAACACAAAACUUUCUUGCAUACAUUUUCUUUCCUAUUAUGUUUUACUGCAUUAAUAGAACUUGUGAGCUUAAAGAAUGACUUAAACAUUUGAAAAAUCCUCAUCCACCAAGAGUAACUUCUUUGAAUAGUAGCUCAGCUACCUCUAUUAACUACAACUACUGGAUACUUUAAGGAAAAUAGAUGCUGUUACUCAUUACUAAAGAGAAAUAGAAUAAACUUGGGUGGGAAAGAAUAUUCAUAAGUUAUAAGCUGAGAAGUUGUUAAUAAUUAUGCUGGCUUUCAAAUUAAUAGUUUAAUAAACUUUCCUAAGUAUUACAUGCUCUACCUUAGACUUUCAUAAAAGAUAGUUGUAUAAGUAGACUUCGUCUGUUGCUUAUGUAUCUCUGCUACCACUUACUGUUUAAUAGUGAGUUACAUGCAGCUUUUCUUUGAAACAAAGUGUAACAGACCAUAUACUUUGAGUUAAAAUGUUUCAGAUAGCUAAUAUUUUGGAUCAACCUUAAUAGAUUUUGCUCUUAUCAUUCCAAAGGGUUCUUGUAGUCUUUCAGAAAAGAACCUUAUUGCACUGCACACUGAUACUUUGAAUCAUUCUUUUAUAAGUGAUAAAUAUCUGUUAACCCUUAUGGUCUUGUUUACAGCAGUAGAAUGCACAUGGUAAGUGAGCUUGAGUCCAAGAUCAAUUUUACUCCUCAAAGUUGAGAUUACAGAUUUGCUAAUUUGUUCAAUAUUUAAAUUUUUAAGGUAAGAGGGUUAAUAUUGGUCUUUUUUUGUAAUAGCAAAUUUACUGCACUUAGAUAAAAAUUGUGAUAAUACAGAUUUCUUUACUAGGUUAUCCCAGGAUAUUUGUUAAGUUAAUGUGUUUGUCUUAUACUUUCAAUCAUUUUACUCAUCUGAAAAUCCGUAAGUGCAGAAGAAGGAGUACACACAUAACUUUGCUUUUUUGAUAGGGUUUGGGGUUGGGAUUAUUCUUGGACAGACAUCUUUAAGCAGUUUUUACUUGCAGUAGAAAUGAUGUUCAGGCUUUAUGAAAAUAUUGUUGAGAAUUGUUAAUGGCACUAACUUCUGUUACUAGAUAGUAGAUCAAGAUAUAUUUUCUGUUAUAUGUUUUUCAUUAAACCAAAACUACUUCUGGUUAUAACUCAACUGCCAUUUUAAACCAUAGUAUAGAUUCGAAUUAUUCCUAUUUGAAACUCUAUUAGAUUUUUGCUAAAAAAUACCAUUUUACUUAUUCAUCUCUUGCGCAUUUAGACUAAAUGUUGCCUGUUUUCCUCUUAAAUCAGUACACUUUGGCAUACCCUAAUCAAAGUGACAUAGUUGCUUAAAUUUUGGAUAUAUCUAUAUGUGUAUCAUUUUAGUGUGACAUAUUUUGAUGACAUUCUUCUAUGAAGAGCUCACUUCUUAAAAUGGAAGAAUUGCCCUUUGUGUGGUUUUUAGCUACCUGGAACUUUAUUUAUAAUUUAUUUUGAAAAACUAAAAUCACAUUUAUUCCCCAAAUGUCAAUAUUUUCUAGAUUUAGGCAGUUAGAAUAAUAAGGCUGAAGACAUUUUUAAGUAUAUUUUAUAAGUAGUGAAAUACUGUGAAAAUAAUAGUGAACAGCAUUUUGCUGUAAUGUUAAUUUCAGUUAGAAUUUUAAGCAGUCACCAGGGUAUAAUAGUUAAGGAUAGUUUUCAUUAUACAACAGAUACCUUUCUGUUAGCAUGCAAGUUAUUUUGAUAAGUGUGAAUAUAAAAGAUUGAAAAAUAGUAUUUUUACUUUUUUUAUCUGCACCUCCCGUUUUUACUUUGCUUUUUUAUAACACCAUUCCCUGUGAAUUUUUCAUAAUUCAUACACAUUGAAUAUUGUAUCAUUUUAAUUUUCCAGAGACUUUUUAAAACCUACAUAAGAUUUGAGUUCAGCCAUAGCAAAGCAAGUAGGAAAUGAAUUAAGAAUUCUGCUAAGAAAAACCACUAUAAUAUUUAGACCCAUGGGAGUAUACACAUGUAAAAGUCUGAUCAUAUACCAAAUAUGGAUAGUGACUAAACUGUAUUUCUUAUGAAUGCUAAUAAUGUUUGAAUUACCAUCUUUAAGAUCUUAGCAUGUGUAUAUAUUUAUAAAACCUGAAACAUAAGUUCCUUCUAUGGCUUGCUAUGUGUCCAGCAAUAGGAUCCCCUCCGAAACAUUCACUAACCUACUAACCUAAUGACUAAAUUUGCUUUUGUGUGUGUGUGUGCAUUUGUAUGUAUGUAACAUUUUUUAAAACUUGGCAUACCUUAUUUCAGACAUUAAAAAAGAGAGAAUAUUUUAUAUGGAGGAUACUGUCUACCAAUUCUUUGUCUCUGUACAGCUCUUAGCCUAUGCAUUUACUAGUCGGUGAUCCAUGGAGUUAAUGCCUUUUAGAUAACACACCCAUGUUUUCCCAAGUUUCUGAAUCCUUUUAUUAUUGUAAUUUAAUUGAUCUUUAUAUUUGUUUAGUUUUGUUUCCCUCCCCAUAGAUCACGCUAUUCUAGAAUGCUUCCAUACUGCACUUUGUUGCACCCAGAAGUGAAACUGAAUAAAAUUCAUAAAUCUCAUUCUGCACAACUGUGUGCUCAGAUACCUAGCUCAGCCUUCUAAUAUUUCAAAGUAAAUUUGAGCCAUUUAUAUUUUAGUGUUUGUUUUAAUCCUAUAGAUUGUUAUAAGACAAUAACAUUGAGUGAAAGAAAUAAAUGUGAAUGCCACUUAUAAUUUUUUGAUAAAAAGUUUUGGAGCAUUUUUUUCCAAAGUUUUUAUGUUUGUAAUAAUGAGAAAUUACACAUCUUGUUACGUAUAUCUGUGGAAUCAUUUUAGGCACAUUUGCCAACUGGUACUUAUCUUCAAAGUUGGAAGACAUGAUUUGUAGAAUGCAUAAUUUUUAGUGUAUUUUGAUGUCCAGCCUUUUGAACAAUUACAGUAGCAUUUUAAUUUGGGAAAUGAAUACUGGGGGAAGGGGUGGCACUGCUGACAUUUAAAAGUCUAUUCUUUUAAAUGCUAAUCCCACCCCAAACAUUUUUGUGUUACGUGACGUUUAUGAAUGUUUUAUUGAAAAUUGGAUGUCCUAAGAUAAUUUUUAAGAUUUAGUUUUAAAGAAUUAUGGGAAAUAUUUUGGUGCUUUUUUUGCUUUUCAACUCUUAGUAGUCCCUGUAUUAAGUUUUAAAUACCACUUUUAUCAAGUUUUGAUUAAAAGCCAAUAUAAAGUUAAAAUUUUUAUGGUGCCGUAUUUUGUGAAAUAUGGAUAGUACUCAAGUUUAUUCAUCUUUCCUCUCUUGCUUGCUUUUACCCUCAUUUGUCUUUCUGCAAUGAACAAGACAGGAAAUUUCUGAUUAAUUAUGGGGAGAAUACAGUAGAAAGGCCCUACAGUUUAGAGUUAAGAUGUGUUUAUAUAUAUGUCCAUUUGUUAUUAUUAUACUUAUCUUAAUUCUAGAAUAUGAGACUUUGGCCUAAGAAAGCAUGAAAACUAUUUUUAAAAACAACUGUUGAUACAUAUUGAAAUUGCCAUUUGUAACUGACUUUUAAAAUCACAUAUAAAAAUAUUUAGAAACCCAGUUGGAAAAUGUGUUUUUACAUGUCACAAAGUACACUGUAGGCAGUACUACAAAUGUUAAUUCUUUAAACAAUACUGUGGUGAUGGCAAUCAGUAAUUUAUUUCUUUUCCUGUAACUUAUCAUUGUUGUCCUUUGUAAUUCCUUACACAGUAUUAACAAGACUGUUUCAUAUGUUUUUUUAAUAUCCAUAAAUUUUAAGGUAGAAAAACAUUCAGUUAAUAGUUGAUGUAAUGUUGUAAAUGGACAAAAUGUCCAUUAAUUCAGCUAUUUUAAAAAGGUAAACUUAACUGGCUUAUUUUAUAAAAGAUGUUUUGUUUGGCAGAUAUCAGUUAUUAUAAGUAAUUACUUUCAGAGACAAAAAACUGGACUAAUUUGUUGCCAUUCUUUAUGGAAUGUUUACAAUAAAAUUCCAAGUUGUUUGGAAUCAAUUGCACUCUUGCUGCUUUAUGCCUUAACUCAUAUGCCAGAGGUAAAUUAACAAGAAGAAAGAAAGAGUGGAGUUAGGUUUCUAUUAUGCAACUUUAAACAUUAUAACAUAUAAAUCUUGGGUCAUUCCUUUCUUGCUUCUUUGUCAUAGAAUUUUUAUUACUAUUUAAUCUGAGAAUAAGGGUGCUUAAUAUAAUAGAAUAUUUUGGUAUAGUCAUUAAAAUAUUUGUUGGGUCACUUUUAGGUAGUAAAUAUUAAUACUUUCAAUGUUGGCUGCUUGGUGCCUUACAUAACAACCUGCAAAGCACUAAUAAACUGUUUUGUAAAGCUUUUUCAAAAUGAAUAGAUUUUAAUAUAUUGUUCAUUUAUUAGUUUUAACACCUAAGCUAUGAAUCCCUAUCAUAUUUAUGUCCAACUUGCCUACAAAGCUUACCUGUACUAUAAGUUGUACUUUAGUUCCUUAUAACUGAAGGAGGGAGAGAAGUAAAGUAGAUGAAUUUUGAGCCAGGAUCUGAUUCAUCCUAGGUCUGAGCCUAUACAGUUCCCAGAUUAUUCUCCCAGUGAUAGGAAUUCCACCAGGUUUAAGAUAAGUAAACUGACUGCAGACCAGAAUGCAUCUUUUACACAUGUACUGUAUGUCUCUUUUGUAGAUUUAGAAUAAAAAUCAACACAUUUAGAAAAACACCACUUCAUAUUCUGGAAUCAGAUUCAGUGGUUGUGAAAAUAGCCAGACUUUUCACAAUAUUCAACCUCUGAUAAAAUGUUUGGUAAUUUUGUUUAGUUGCUGUAUUUACCUCACUCCCUGGACUUUUGAGUAGAAAACUUGAAGAUUUUUUUUUAUAACAAAAGUAUGGCAAUAUUCACAAGAUCUUUUUUUCGUAGUUGAGGUCAAGAAAAAAGUGCUGUCUACCUUUUCUCUGAAUUACAUGCCACUGACUAUUUAAAACUAAUUUCCAAAAAUAAACAAAAUAAAUUGAAACCACUAUAUUAAGGCUUCUUUCCCUUUGUUGCCAGCUGACAGUUGCCUUGUUAAGUUUCUGUCACCUGGAGACUAUAAAUUUCUAGUAAAUAAUUUUAAAGUUAUUAGUAAAAUAAUAUUAAUUUUGAUAUUGACUUUAAAACUUCUGGUGCUAGUAUCUUUUUCAUUAACAGGUAAAUUUUCAAUUGCUGAAUUCUCUACUCGGCAUCUUUAUGGUACUCUUCAAUUUUAUAAGGUUUCUAGUAAAUUUAUUUGAAAAAAUAUUUCACAUUGCUUCAUUUAUAUUCCUAAUGUUAAUUGAUAGGACUUAAUAUUCUUAGGGAUUUUUCUGUGAUUAAUUUUUGUCGUGUAAUUCUAACUAGAAUUUCUGUAGUCAAAUGUUAGUUUAUUUUAGCAACUUUGUAUAAUCUGUCUAGUAAUUUAAGCUAGUAAAACUGUCUUAAGAUGUCUUUUUUCCUCUUUUGGUAUUUUACAAAAGCUUAAACUAUCAUAUUAAAAUGAGAUUUGCUUACCAAUUGUAUAAUAUAUCAUUUGAAGAGGAAUGUUUUGUUAUCUUUAGAUGCUCUUCAUCUAAAAUAUUAAUGAUAAGUGCUGAUAGUUCUGAAUUGCUUCAGUGUGAUAAGUCUUAAUUUAUAAUUAUAGUUAAUGUUGUAUAUAAAAACAUAAAGUUUAAUUUUGUCUAGUCUGACCCUGUGGAGCUGAAAAUAGCAUGACCUUGACAUUCUCAUAGUCACUAAAUUACCAAGUACUUUCA